CACCAAAAAGUAUAUAUGGAAAUCUUCCUUAUAUAGCACCUGAGGUCAUUGCAGGAAAAGAAUAUAGUUAUGCAUCUGAUAUAUACAGUAUUGGUAUUCUAAUGUGGGAAAUUUCAUCGGGACAACGACCUUUUGCUAACUUUGAAAAUGAUUUUGAUCUUGUAACAAGAAUUCUUGAUGGCAUGAGACCAAAAAUAAUAUCAGGGACUCCUUUAGAAUAUAUAAGAAUAAUGAAACAAUGUUGGAAUGCAAACACAACUGAAAGAUUCACAACUGAAUCAAUUAAAAAAGAAAUCAAAAGAAUGUUUCAAGAUACACCAAAUGAAUUAAAUAAUAAUGAAAAAAUUAAAAUAUUAAGUUUCGAUAUAUGUCACGAAUCAGUUACAAGUAAAAUUCAUCAAUUUGAAGGUUUAUCCGAACCAAAGAAUGCGACUGAAGGUAUUUUAUUUGAAAUAUAUACAUACUGUAUAUAUUAUAUACCAUAUUUUAAUAAUUAUUAAUUUUUUAAAUUUUAUUGAACAAUAAUAGAGGAACAAGAAG